AUGUCAUUCGGUGGAUUCGGCGUGGCGGCGACGGCGACGAGCGCGAGCCCGGCGGCGUCCGACUACGACGUCCCGCCCGAUGUCCCCGACAGCAUCCAGGACCUGAGCUGGAGCCCGACGGCCAACGUCCUUGUCGCCGGCUCCUGGGACAACUACGUGCGCUGCUGGGAGGUCAACCACCAGCAGACGCAGUUCCAAGCCGUCGCUCGCGCCCAGAUCCAGCACAAGGCGCCCGUGCUCUGCACAGCCUUUAGCGCGGACGGCACGACGGUGUUUUCCGGUAGCUGCGACAAGACGGCGCUUAUGUGGCAGCUCAACGGGCCCGCGACCGGCCAGCAGAUCGCGCAGCACGACCAGCCGAUCCGUGGCAUCCGCUUCGUGCCUACGGCCAACUGCGUCGUCACGGGCUCGUGGGACAAGACCGUCAAGUACUGGGACACGCGUGCGCCGCAGGCACAGGCCACGGUGCAGCUCAGCGACCGCGUGUAUGCGCUCGACGUGGUCUACCCGCUCAUGGUCGUCGCGACUGCCGACAAGAUGAUCCACUGUUUUGACUUGACCAAGCCGUCGCAGAUCUUCGCCUCGAUCAAGUCCAACUUGAAGCUGCAGACGCGCUGCAUUGCUGCGUUCCCGGACGCGUCCGGCUUUGCGAUCGGGUCCAUCGAAGGCCGCGUCGCGAUCCAGCACGUCGACGAGAAGCAAAAGCAAGAGCGCGACUUUGCGUUCAAGGCCCACCGCGACACGGCCAACAACGCCGUCAACCCCGUGAGCAGUGUGUCGUUCCACACGCUCAGCGGCAAGAUGGCAACGACGGGGACCGACGGCUCGUACACGUUCUGGGACAAGGACAUGCGCAAGAUGCUGCGCAAUUUCCCGAAAAUUCCCAACUACCAAGGCAUUUCCGUCGGCAAGUUCAACGCCCAGGGCGACAUCUUUGCGUACGCGACGUCGUACGACUGGUACAAGGGCGCCGAAGGGUACAACCACCAGGCGCGCAACGUCCUUCGCCUGCACCACGUCGACCAGACCGACCUCACGGUCAAGACCAAGAAGUGA